CUGCGCUGCGGGGAGGGGCGGGCCAAGUGGGGGUGGAGGCCUGGAACUUAGCGGUAAGCAGGAGGGGGGAAGCAGCCAGGUAAGACGUUCCUACUAGUCUAGGGAAAAAUCAACCCACCCAACGCUGGCUUGCCCUCAACUUUAUUUAAGAGUUUCUUUCCCGGAGUGGCGGAGACUAGGCGGAAGAAGCAGGAGGGGCUGGAGGCCGGCUUUUAGGGACUGCCCGGCGACUGGAGCGCAGACCUAGACAGUGGGGUGGGGUUGAUCGGGGACACUAAAGAAAGUGAGAGCUGCGGGGCGCCGGGAAGGGGCGGAGGCCUCAACAAGCGGGAGGGGGCCGGAAGGGAGGUGGAGGGCGCAGCGGGGAGAGGGAGGCGGGUAUCUGGAGAGCUGAACGGACCCGACUCGGGAGGGAGCAAAGAGAGAAGGGGCGACGCCAGAAUCCAAGCAGGAGAAACCGGCACUUACUGGCAAGGAGGGCGGAGGCGCGCGGGAGGGAGGGAGAGAGGGCGGGGGUAGGGGCAGGCUCGGGGAGAGGGGAGUAUAACUCAGCGGCCGCGAGGCGCAGGGGCAGUUUCGGGCGGCCAGGUCUGCAGCCAGCUCCUAGAGGAGCCCAGCAAACCCUUAAUCUGACGGCGGAGCCAGAGGAGGAGCGCAUAGUCCUGGCAAGGAGCACAGAGCUGGGAGUGGUGGCGGGAGAGCGCAACUUUGCACUGCCCUUCCCUGCUCCUGCUCUCACCCAGCACUUCUUAAGAGGGUCCUGGCAGACGGGACCUGUGAGUGCGCUACGGAAGAGCUCCCGGGCGGACCGGGAAGAUGAUGAUGAUGUCCCUGAACAGCAAGCAGGCGUUCAGCAUGCCGCACAGCGGCAGCCUGCACGUGGAACCCAAGUACUCGGCACUGCACAGCGCCUCGCCCGGCUCCUCCGCGCCCGCGGCCCCCUCAGCUAGCUCCCCUAGCAGCUCGAGCAAUGCUGGCGGCGGUGGUGGCAGUGGCGGGGGCGGUGGAGGCCGUAGCAGCAGCUCCAGCAGCAGUGGCAGCAGCGGCAGCAGCGGCGGGGGCUCCGAGGCGAUGCGGAGAGCGUGUCUUCCAACCCCACCGAGCAAUAUAUUCGGCGGGCUGGAUGAGAGUCUGCUGGCCCGAGCCGAGGCUCUGGCGGCCGUGGACAUCGUCUCCCAGAGCAAGAGCCACCACCACCACCCGCCCCACCACAGCCCCUUCAAGCCGGACGCCACCUACCACACCAUGAACACCAUUCCGUGCACGUCGGCUGCCUCUUCUUCGUCGGUGCCCAUCUCGCACCCAUCUGCGCUGGCGGGCACGCACCAUCACCACCAUCACCACCACCACCACCACCAUCAGCCACAUCAGGCGCUUGAGGGCGAGUUGCUGGAGCACCUGAGUCCCGGGCUGGCCCUGGGUGCCAUGGCUGGCCCCGACGGCGCCGUAGUGUCCACGCCAACUCACGCGCCGCACAUGGCUACCAUGAACCCCAUGCACCAAGCAGCGCUCAGUAUGGCCCACGCGCAUGGGCUGCCCUCACACAUGGGCUGCAUGAGCGACGUGGACGCCGACCCCCGGGACCUGGAAGCAUUCGCAGAGCGCUUCAAGCAGCGACGCAUCAAGCUGGGGGUGACCCAGGCCGAUGUGGGCUCCGCGCUGGCCAACCUCAAGAUCCCUGGCGUGGGCUCCCUUAGCCAGAGCACCAUCUGCAGGUUCGAGUCCCUCACGUUGUCGCACAACAACAUGAUCGCGCUCAAACCCAUCCUGCAAGCGUGGCUCGAGGAAGCCGAGAAGUCCCACCGCGAGAAGCUCACCAAGCCCGAGCUCUUCAACGGCGCAGAGAAGAAGCGCAAGCGCACCUCUAUCGCCGCGCCAGAGAAGCGUUCGCUGGAAGCCUACUUCGCCAUCCAGCCGAGGCCCUCCUCGGAGAAGAUCGCCGCCAUCGCGGAGAAGCUGGACCUUAAGAAAAAUGUGGUGCGUGUCUGGUUCUGCAACCAGAGGCAGAAACAGAAAAGAAUGAAAUAUUCUGCGGGCAUUUAGGAGACCCUCGGCCUCUCCAGGGACAGCCCCUCCUCAUCCCCUCUUUUCCCUCCCUCUCUCUUUCCUGCCUCUGUUCUUUCCACCUUUGGCUACCAGAAACAAUUCCAGUAAAUGUGAAUAAGGAGAAAGCGAGAAUUGGAGAGCGAGCGAACGA